GGUUAUUGUGUGUAGAUUAUAUAUAUUUUUUCCAUUUUAGAAUAAGGCUGUAAUGUAUCAAAAUGUCAAGGGGUCUGAAUACUUUCCGAAAGCCAUGUAUAUAGAGAGAACACGGACAGCGCAUAUAGUCUGUGGACAAUUGAUCUAAUUGCUAUGUUUUCUUCUGUUUUGUGUGAAACAUGUUUCAUUUCAGCACUGGGGAGAAUCCAGGGAAAUUCACAAUCAACCACUGCCUCCCUCUCGAAUCAGACCGGGUCAAUAACUACAAAAACACAUCGCAACACACACUUUCAUAUUCAGGACAUCACGGUGACUUCAUUGUGCAAGUACUGAAUAUGUACAACCUCCUAAAUUUACUCAGUGCCAACGUGUUUGAGGAUGACCGAUUCAAAGAGUAAAUUGACAAUGGGAGAAGUUUCCCAGAUCAAACAAGAAACCACUGAACUCAUCACAAUAUGAACUAAAUACUCAGAAUGCGAAAGUGAAAGUGGGGACAAGCUCACUGCAUCGUGGUUUCGCAGAACACUGAUGAUGUAUUGUGGCAUAGAGAUUUUCAUAAUUUUCCUCACCGUAAUUUAAAAGACAUUUUGCUAUCCUCUGUUUCUGUUUGCAUUAUUCUGUAUUGUACCUAAGACUGCGUUAUAAUAUUGCUAGAACCAACCUCCCACAGGCUCUUCAAUAUGACAGUGUAACAUGAUGUCACUCACUGACGCUGCCUGGGAAGCCCCGUGUUUAUAAAUUCAAUGCAGGCCAAAUCCAACAGAAAAAGCUCCGUUUUUUGUCUUUGGGCUCAGUCAGAUAUUUUUAUUCUGUAAAUUAUUGGAAAUAAGUAUAUGACUUAGAAAAUACUAUUUUACUAUUCGUUUUUUACACAUAACAAUUCAAAUAUUUAAAUAAAAUUAAUUGUUUUGGGCUGUAUUUAAAAAAUAUAUUAAAAUACACAGACAAAAGUAUUUAAAAUAUAAGACACUCAAAUACGAACUCAGGUCGGCUACAUUGUCAUGCAGUUCUGUAACAGUAGGCCUAGAAAUAGGUUAGUAGUAGUAGUUUAAUCCCUGGUUAGCCUCACACCAAAUCAGAAAUCACCGAUUAAUCCCCGGAUUAGGCGCGCGGCCGCUUUAAAAAUGCUCGUGCCUCUAGCCGGUGGCAUUUAAACGUUUAUAGAUUCAUCGUAGUGUAGGCGUCACACUAGCUGCAUGCGUGCCUUGGCUGGUGCUUCAAUUUAGAGUUUACAUUCACAGCACACACGCACUCACAUACGCCGAGCCAUGGCUUCAGUGAGUGUGGUAGGACCAGGACAACAUCGACCGGCUCCCGACCACCAGCUAGUCUUUCAUAAACUAAAGGCCGCCGGGAGAAAUAAAAGAACGUUACCGUGGAAAUCCUCCGUGGACAUCAUCCUCGGAAAGAGCUCGGUGACGCGGGAGUGCGGUUCAGUUUCGGCGGUAUCAGCAGUCACAGCAUCCCCACUAAACCCGUCCCUGACCCCGGGACAACAAGGAGUCGCAGCCGGGGUAGGAGGGGGGGAUCCCGGGGUGAGGCGUGAGGCUCAGCCGGUGCUGGUGCCACGUAGUUCAGACAGAGAGAGCGACAGCAGCAGCCCUGACUGUGGAGACACUACAGCGGCGAGGGAGAAGGACACUGGUCAAAGCGAACGGAGCGGUAGCGGGAAUGACUCAACCCGUGAUCGAAGGAGUUCCCUGAAGAUCCUUACAAAUGUUAUGUCAAGCACGUCAGCUAACACACAGAUGACAGACGUCAAGUGUGACAGAUCAAACGCGCCAACAAACGGACACAUGGGAGGACACUCACAUCGGGACCGUACGGUCAGAAGGCGCGCAUCCCACAGCCCCAAUGGUCAGACCACCAGGCUGGUGACCAAAGGGGACACCGGGGGACCACCGCUGGAGCGGUUGACACAGGGAAGGACCGGGGUCGUUAAACUCGCGCGCACAGAAUCCCACCGAAGGGAGGUCUGGUCAAUAUUUGGCUCCCAGGAGCAGGAGGACGCGCGCGUGCGGUCGGAGACAGGAGAAGGCCACACGUUUGGGACCAGAACCGUGACUCAAGACUGGUGCGACGUCUGUAACCAGCGGAUCAGUGUUCAGCAGGCGCUCAAGUGUAAAAACUGCAACUACACCUGUCACCAGGAGUGUGGCGGGCGGGUCCAGCUGGACUGCAACCAGAGAGACAGCAACCCACGGGAAAGGACAUCUCCCAGAAGACACUGCUCCACGCCUCCUCAGUACAAGCAGAAAGAGGUCGAAGAGGAGAGAGGGCCCAAGGCUCUGUCAGAGGAAGAAUUACGGGCCAAGAUAGAGGACUACAACUCUACGGUCUCAGAGAAUGGCAUGAAACUGGGUGCUGAUGGUUUGUACACUGGCUUCAUUAAGGUCCACCUCAGACUAAGUCGACCAGUCACGGUGCUUGCUGUGGAGGGGACGGGAUUAGACGGCCAGGCGGAAAGACGGCCAAUGACUGUGUCAGAGGGCCAGGAGGGGGCGGGAGCAGGGUUCAGUGAGAAGCGGACGUCGUUCUACCUGCCCAGUGACUGUGUGAAGCAGAUCCACAUCAGUAGUUCUACCACAGUCAGGGAGGUCAUACAGGGCCUGCUGAAGAAGUUUAUGGUGCAGGAUAACCCACGCAAGUUUGCUCUGUACAGACAGACACACCGCGAUGGACAAGAUCUGUUCCAGAAGCUUCCUCUUGUGGAGUGUCCUCUCGCUUUGAGACUGGUGGUGGGUCCAGAUCCUGAGCUGCUCAGCUUCGUCCUCAAGGAGAACGAGACUGGAGAGGUGGAGUGGCAUGCGUUCUCAGUUCCUGAGCUGCAGAACUUCCUGGUGAUUCUGGAGAAGGAGGAGGCAGAGCGUGUGCGAUUGGUGGAGCAGAGAUUCGCAGUCUACCGACAGAGCUUGCAGAAGGCAUUACGGGAGGAUCAACCCUGACCCCUCACCCUUCAUCUCUCACUCUGACCUUUCAAACCUCACCCUCUUUUGACCCAGGGAGAGACGGGAGCCCACUGAGGCUUAGAUUACUAUUCUCCCCUCAGGACACGGGCAGCCCCUCCCUCACUCCUCACAUCCCCUCUGGAGAAGGGAGGCGGGGUUGAGAAAGCACGGAAAGGGGAAAAGGGACUGUUUGAGGGAUGAGUGGACAGGAUGCUAGAACAAAAGAAGUCUGUGCAUUCCCGUGAGUAAAAAGACACUGAACUGAAGGACCGACCGGCUGACUUCGUUGGGGCUCGGAUAUCUUGGUUUGAUCUGACAAUCUGACAUGAUGGGUCUUCUAGUGUUACAUUGAAUCUCAGUUUGGUCUGAGAAUGUUUUGAAGAUUCUACUGCUGCUGCCGCUGCAAGUGUUGCUUACGCAUGAGUCUCACCUUGCUCUAUCUGCCCCGGUGCCCAUGCAUAAAGAUUUAGGUGUGUGGACCAUUUGAAAUGUUCCGUUACUUGAUGUUUAUUAUAUCAACUCUCAUGUUGUCCCUGCAUGCCUUGUGUCCAGGGUCGAGGGUAGGAUGGGGGGGUUGUCAUGGUUGGAUUGGGAAGCAGGGUUGGUAUGGUGGGGUACAUCUGUGUAGGGUUAGGGUGUGGAAAAAGAAACACCAGAAUCCAUUCUCAUCUUCAGACUCCUCUCAUAUCAGUCCCAGGGAUGUACAGCAGUGUUUCUCAUGGAACCGCUCUAUUAAGCCCAGAAGGCUACAGAAUCGUAAGAAGACUUGAACAUCUCUGUCCUAACUUCUUUAUCCAUGACUGAAAUGAACCCUCUAUCUCAGGCGGCUAACUUGCACUUAACCCUGCGUCUCCCUCUACCAGAGUAGCCAUGCUAGUGUGGGAGGUCUUGUGCAGACAGAUGUGUAUUUCAUAGGUAGAUGUUAUUCCCAUCUCUUCAGACAGCCAUUUUUGUACCCUGACAGCAGUCACACAUAUAUAUAUAUAGCAACAUACAAUAGGCCUUAUAUACCCAAUAGAUAUCCACCCUGUUAUUCAUUAACCCAUUCUACGUAAGCAUACAGAACGUAAACAAUCAAAACAAGUAAGCAUUCCUUCACUGCUUGAACCGUCUGCUGGUGUUUUAAUCAUUUACAAACAGCUCAAUGGGAUGUUGAUGUUCUGAUUCUCCGUGAACUGUUCACCCUGUCAUCAGUAACCCCCGACCCCCUAUCUCCUAACCUGGAAAUGGACAUUUCGUCUGAUGGGAGACGUGCCGUGCUGCUGUGUCUGUGUAGAGCGUAUGCAGCUGUAGCUACUGUUGUUAGAGGCCUGUUAGAGCCAGCCACUCUGAGCUGCUGUGACAGGCCCACGAAGCCCUGCCACUGAGCCGACUGUUACAGGACUGAGUGAAUGAGAGGAACUGAUGCUUAAACACUGACUGGAGGUCAAGGGUCAUAUCGCGAGGAGGUACUCCUGGUCAGUUCAUGUGGUCAGGAAAAACUCCUGUCCGUAUUGUUCAUUGAGAAACGCCAUUCUGUUGAUCACACCCAAGUUAAGAGGGACAGGAACCCUGUGUCCCUCUCUCCCCAGAGAGUCUGACUGGAAAUAGGACUUGUUGUAGAAUAAACAAACUGAUUCUGGCCACAGGUCUGUAGAGUAUCCUAGAGAAGGGGCAUGAAAUUAGGCAUGAAAUGAGUGAUUAUUUUGUAGAAAUUGAAUUUGAUCGUACCAAUGAUGUUUAUCUGAGUGUGACGCAUACAGUGUGUUCAGAAAGUAUCCUUACCCCUUGACUUAUUCCACAUUUUGUUGUGUUUACAGCCCCAAUUCAAAAUGGAUUCAAUGUUUUCUCUCAUCCAUCGACACACAAUGUCCCACAAUGGCAAAGAGAAAACAUGUUUCUAGAAAUGUUUGCAAAUGUAUUGAAAAUGAAAUGCAUAAAUAUCUUUUAUACAUAAAUAUUCACACCCCUGAGUCAUACGUUGUAGAAGCAACUUUGGCAGUGACGACAGUCUUUUUGGGUAAGUCUCUAAGAGCUUCGCACAUCUGGGGCCUCAUGUAUCAAUCAUGCAGAUGCACACAUCUGUGUGUAAACCAUACAUGGAGUCGUUUCCACACAAAGUGUGAGAUUUAUGAAUAUGAACGCUUGCUUGAGUGUGCGUAAAUUUAUGCACGACCAUGACCAUGCUUACGCACAGUGCCACAUGCUGGAAUAUGGGAACUGCUUGUUGAGUGUAGAAUGGGGAACAUAUACGUUGAAAAUGUGUGACAUUAUUUGAGUAAUAAUUAAAUCAUUUUUUUAUUUCAUUGUAUUUCCAUUGUGGAUUUAUGCAACAUACCUUGACAUGCGAUAUAAUUUGACCGCAUCAAUACACGUGUUUCGAUUAAAAUCCAUAUAAAGUACAGUUGUUUGUUAAACUAUUUCGAACAUUGUUGAAAUGCUAUAAAAGCCUGAGCUAAUGUGAAAUGGAAAGAGUGUUGGCUGAUCCUGCUCGGUUUGAAGAUUAGGCACACGCUGUAUUUUGUAGAGACGGGUGGGACCUUUUCUGCAGAAAGUACAGAUUGGCUCAUCAGAUAUCAUUGAAUUUUGAGAGGAUUUAAGACCUACUUUAAAAAGGGUACUUUAAGGAUACUUGGCAACGGGUACUUUUCUGCGUGGGGGGGGCUUGCCGUUCGGCAUCUCACAGCCCUUGAUGAGCCACUGUUUUGGAUGAAGUCAUCAGCAAAACGUAGCUACACAUACAAGUUCCAUACACCAUCGCACAACACAUUGAAGUGGAGAGGGCUUUCUUUGCCAUGAUGCCAACAACGGGUUCCCGAAUAGGAACGGAGCAAUAGACGGCACCCACAUUGCCAUCAAAUUACCAUCCCAAAACUAUUUCAACUAUGUGGUGAACAGAAAAGGCUUCCACUCUUUAUGUGCAGGUUAUAUGAUGUGCAAAAGACGCUGCUGAAUGUGGUGGCGAGGAGGUACGCACGACUCGUUCAUUCUGCAGAACAGCAAUGUUGGCCUAUACGCCUGCCCGAGGGAGCUGUGGAAGAUGGAUGGCUUAUUGGUUAGUGUUACCUACUUAUUUUAAGUAUAUUUGCCAUUGAUAAAGCAACUUGAAUUGUCAUGGUCAUUGUCAUGGUCCUCUUUGUAGCCAUGCUUUUUUUGUUUGUUUACUGGUUAAAGCCACAACUGAGCGAGCCAAAUAAAAUAUUUUGGUUGUACUCUGACACAAGCACCUCUUUUUCAGUCUGAGAUUUUUCUUCUUCUUUUCCUUUUUGGUUAGGGCUGUUGUAUUUCAUGGUAUGGGGUUGUAAAUUCCCCACGUGCUCUAACGUGAUGCUUUUGAAAUGUGGUUUGCAUUUGAAAAUGCCCCCUAAUUAAACAUUGUUUAAUGAUGUUUAUUUAGGGGCAUUUUGAAACGCAAACCACCAAGGUCGUGCAAGAGCACUGAGGCUGAGAACAAUUGUUAUUUAUAAACGGUUUAUCUCCUACCAGUGUGCAUGUGAUGCUCGUAGGAUUGUUUGAUGAAUCACACCGUUUCUAUGCAUACACCAUUCUAAAUUCAGUUUGUAAAUAGUAUUUUAGAAUAGUUUCUACGCAAUAUUGAUAAAUGAGGCCCCUGGAUUGUACAAUAUUUGCCCAUUUAUUAUGUUUAAUUAUUCAAGCUCGGUCAACUUGAUCAUUCAUUACUAGACAGCCAUUUUCAAGUCUUACCAUAGAAAGCAGGUUUUCCUCUCGAUUUUUCCUGUGCUCGUAGCUGUAUUCCAUUUUUUUGUAUUUUUUUGAAACUCCCUAGUCCAGGGUUUCCCAAACUCAGUCCUCGGGACCCCAAGGGGUGCACAUUUUGGUUUUUACCCUUGCACUACACAGCUGAUUCAAAUAAUCAACUAAUCAUCAAGCCGGAGGACAGAGUUUGGGAAACGCUGCCAGGCCUUGCCGAUGACAAGCAUACCCAUAACAUGAUGUCGCCACCACCAUGCUUGAAAAUAUGAAGAGUGAUACUCAGUGAUGUGUUGUAUUGGAUUUACCCCAAACAUAGAGCUUUGUAUUCAGGACAAAAAGUUCAUUUCUUUGCCACAUUUUUUUUAGUGCCUUGCUACAAACAGGAUGCACGCUUUGGAAUAUUUUUAUUCUGUACCGGCUUUCUUCUUUUCACUCUGUCAUUUAGGUUCGUAUUGUGGAGUAACUACGUUGUUGUUGAUCCAUCCUCACUUUGAUCAUGUCCCACCAUUAAACUCGUAACUGUUUUAACAUC